AUGUUCUCAACUUCUACAGCACUUAUACUAGCAACGAGUUUGACAACCUUAAAUGCUCUCAAUAUCCUUCUUGACCGUUGGACAUUUACCUCAUCAAAUGGAUCCGUCCACGUGGAGAACGCGUCAGUGCCUGGCACAUCUCAUGUUCAUUUGAUGGAGGCUGGAAUCAUCGGCGAACCGUACUAUCGCUUUAAUGAGCGCGAAUAUCAGUGGAUAGCGCUGGAAACGUGGACCUAUAAAACCCAUGUGAUGCUUUCAGACGACCACGUUAGGACGAAGUCAAGUCUUGUGUUCGAAGGUUUAGACGGUGUAGCACAUGUAAUCGUCAAUGGAAAACAGGUAGCAACCACUGCAAACUCAUUCAUUCCAUACCGAAUCGACGCAACAGCUGUGCUGCAAUCAGGAGUAAAUCAUAUAAAAGUGGUAUUUUAUCCCGUAAUAAUAUAUGCUAGACAGCAGGCGGACAAAUACCCUUACUUUGUUCCAACGACAGAAAACUAUAACUCGUGGACGGAGCCGACGCGACGCUCAUUUGUCCGAAAGGCAGGAACGGAUUUCGGAUGGGACUGGGGACCAGCAUUUCUCACGACAGGUAUUGCUAAAGCCGCGUAUCUAGAGCUAAAUGAUGUGGUGAUUAAGCUAAAGGACCUAAACAUCGUUCAAGUUUUUCCCAAUGGAAGCGACGACCUCUCGAUAGUGGACAUAACUGUCCAUGUGACGCUGGAUGGUGGGAAUAUAAAUCAUAAAUGUGUCACAUUUUCUCUCUAUGUCAACGAGAAGAAGUACUCAGUUAUUACUACGACGAUACCUCAUAAUUGGAUGAGAAAUGCAACAAUAACGCUUACGUCUCGACUCGAAAAUCCAAAGAUUUGGUGGCCUGUCGGGUAUGGCGAACCCUAUUUGUAUGAUAUACGCGUGGAUGCAUCCAGCAAUAAUUUCAAUUCGUCUCUUUCUCACAAGUGCGGUAUUCGCCAUGUUGAACUGGUUCAGGAAGACACAAAUGCUGGAAACAUUACUGGAAAGACCUUUUAUUUCAAAAUUAACCGUAUUCCCGUUUUUAUCAAGGGCGCAAACUGGAUCCCGACAGAUUCGUUCCCCACACGUACAAAGCCAACCACAGUGUACCAUUUGCUGGAAAGUGUUCGUGCUGCAAAUAUGAAUAUGAUUCGUGUUUGGGGCGGUGGUCGAUAUGAAUCCGACCUUUUUUACUCGGAAUGUGAUCGAUUGGGCAUUAUGGUGUGGCAGGAACUCAUGUUUGCGUGUGGGAUGUAUCCCCGCGAUACUGUUUUUCUUCAAAAUGUGCUAGAAGAGGUGGACUUUCAAGUGAGCCGGCUCCGCAAAUACUCAAGUAUUGUUAUUUGGGGCGGUAACAACGAGAAUGAAAACAUGAUGGAGCAGUUUGUUGACGCACCAAUCUUUCCACCCGGAAUGACAUUCAAUCGAGAUAUUGCCGUGGCCGACUUCACCAAGCUCUUUGUGGAUCUAAUUCAACCCGCUAUCGCUGCGCUGGACUCCAUAAGGCCGUUCGUCGAUACGUCUCCAUCCAACGGUUUGUAUUCGAUUGAUCCUUACGUGAAACGAUGGGGUCCUAGCAAUGGAGUUGCGUUUGGGGACGUUCAUUUCUAUGACUACGAAAAGGACUGUCAGGAUUACCGCAUGUACCCACACGCCCGCUUCAUUUCUGAAUUUGGUUUCCAAAGCUGGCCUUCAGCCGCUUCUCUACACGACGUGUCUGCAGAAGAUGAUUGGAAGUCAUUUCAAUCAUUCUGGAAAUUCUUGAAAUAUCGUGAAAGACACGAAAACGGCACAACUCAAAUGCUCACGCAGCUCAAGCGGCGAUUUCACGUUCCGUUUCCGUUUCGCAACGAGAUGUGGCUUAGCAACGAUUCAAAUGUUUGGAGCGAUCGUGUUUUAGAGUUAAGCAUCACCAAACGCAUUGAAUCAUAUCUGUACCUGACACAAGUUCAGCAAUCGUUAUGCUACCAAACCGCCAUCCAAACGUGGCGACGUGGUAAGAAUCCCGACUUCGGCUUGACAAUGGGCAUCUUGUAUUGGCAAUUAAACGACAUCUGGCAAGGAAGUAGUUGGUCAAGCAUCGAGCAUUCGGGUAGAUGGAAGAGUUUGCACUACGUGGCAAAGCGGGAAUUUGCACCUUUCAUAAUUUCAGUUCAUGAACAGGUCGAGCACAGAGCUGUGGUCCUAUGGGGCGUGAGUGAUAUAAACCAAGAUUUGCAAGUUGAAAUCAUGUACGAGCUCCGCCAGACCAAGUCCGGUAGUCUUGUAAAAACAUUCAGCCACCGUUCCAUUGCGAUAGCAGCAUUGGAGAGCCGCUUGAUCGAGAAAUUAGACAUCGAUGCUCUUUUGGACAAUGACACUGCAUCUUGCAGCCGCACAUCUUGCUUCUUAUACAUUCGCUGCGUUGUAAAAGGCAGUGCCACUCAGUUUGAAGUAGCUGCCUGCGAAGACACGCAUUAUUUCUUUGCACCGUACAAGCAGCUGAACCUGGGCCAGGGGGAGGUAAUUGUUCAGUCCGUAGAGAAGACAAACUCAAACAAGUCUGUUGUGUUCCAUGUGGAGCUUGUGACAACAGACUUUGUGGCGUUGUUUGUGGAAGUUAAUACGCGAGCUAUCAUUGGUCAUUGGAGCUUGAAUUCAUUUCUGAUGGUGGGCAAUGAGACUAAAAGUUUGCUCUUUACUGCUGCAGCCUCAGAAAAUGUUAUCGGACUUUCAUGCAACGCGUUUUUAAAAUUGCUAUCUGUCCAGUGGCUUCAGAAAAGUUACGAAGCCUUAAUCGAGGAUGCAAUGAUGCAGUAA